AUUGCUCCAGACACAGCGCUACCAGACUGCAACUCAGUAAGACAUUAUUAACCCAAAAUGAGGUCGCUGCUUCCCCUGUGCUUGACCGUCCUGCUCUUUAUGAGUGAGAUGGUGAACUCCUCAUUUGGCGAUGGGUCAGGAAGAAACGAACACGGGUCAGGAGGAUUUGAAGAUGGCGAGGGGUCAGGAGGAUACGACGAUGAGGAAUAUGAACACGAAAGGUGUGAGCAUCUGCACUGCACCCGGAACGAGGUGUGUAAGGAGAGAAAUGGCCAUUUUGGCUGCGCUUGUGGAAGGCACAAUCCAAAGCCCAACCCUGAUUCUUUUGAUGUCCAUGAGUCAUGUCAGAGCAGCUCUGGAUCGGUGUCUCUGUCCCGCUGUCAGCUCUUUGAUGCUGGAUUUCCUGCCGAGUACCUCCACCUGAAUGAUCGCCACUGCAAAGGGAUGAUCAAGGACGGCAGGGUGGAUUUCCAUUUCGACAACCAUGAGCACGUCUGUGGCACAACUCUGGAGACUAACAAAACACACUUCAUCUACAAGAACGCCGUUCAGAUGGUUUACGGCCCGGUUCAUUUGAUCAGUCGUGACAGCUGGCUGGCCAUUAACUUCUCCUGUGUGUACCCACUUAUCAAAAGCAUCUCCAUGCCCAUGUCCAUCUUGGCCAAGGAGAGUGUGGUCUACAAGGAUCUGCCAGGUGAAGAGGGCACAUACCAGAUCCGCAUGGUGCCCUACAAAGAUGCUUCAUUCACACAUUCUUACGGUGGUGAUUUUGAGCUUGAAGUGAACCACCAUGUCUUUGUGGGCGUGGAGGUGGAAGGAGUCGACAGACAACAGUUCUCCCUUGUGCUGGACAACUGCUGGGCAACUCCACACAAUGACAUCACCGACAAUGUUCGCUGGGACCUGAUCGUUAAUGAGUGUCCCAGCCGUAGGGAUGACUCAGUGAGGGUGCUGCAGAACGGAGUCUCGACAUCCAGCCGCUUCUCCUUCAGGAUGUUCACCUUCACUCACCAGUCUGAACACAUCUUCCUGCACUGCAAGGUUCACCUGUGCCUGCGGACGAGUGGUCGUUGCGCACGGUCAUGCAAUCGUCACCAUGGGGAACAUGGUUCAAGGAAACGCAGAUCUUUGGACUUCCAUGACACAGCUGCCAUUAGCAUGGGCUUCUGAUUUACUGUUUGAAAGCUCCAUUUAUUAUAAUAUAGCUCUAUUGUUUAAUCUGUAAUUAAUCAAAGUGAAGUAAUUAUUUACUCUUUUCCUUAUAAUCAGAAAUACAUAUGUGAUUUUGCUGUACUUUACUGCCUUAAUUCUGUUAAGCAUAAGCAAUGACAAUAAAUUUCUCAAGCACUACGUGUUGUUCAAAUGUUCAUUGCAAUAUGGCUUGUGUAUGUCAAAAACUUGGAUAUGUUAAAGGAUCUGCAGGGACUGCCAAUAGGUUUUUUCAACAGCGUAUAUGGAGCUAAUGUGUUUACUGUUACACCAAACAUCUGAUGAGGUCUAGUUCUUGGUGGCUGCUAAAGGGCUACAGCAUGUAGGUACCUUAUACAUCAAGUCAAAUAUUUGUAUAACCCUUUAAGAGAUCAUGGGCCAGAUUCAUAAAACUAACGUUAAGAGCAAAUAGUGUGGAGGUAACCUGUUUGCUGAUUUAUAAACAAGGACUACCAGUGAGUUUUACCACUUGCAUGAUGUGACGCGUGGCUGUUCUUUUGCUUAAUUUACAUAUGGUCAUAGCGAUUCAUAACAGGAAGCACUCUUGCAGAAAAAUUACCCCUGAAGAAUGCUGGUGGUAGUUUUCCCCGGAAAACAGUUUAAAGGUGAAAUCAGCCUCUUGCGUGUGGAAAACAGGUUUAGCUUGUAAUCCAAGUGGAGUCAUUUGACGUGUUGAAAUUCUAAUUGUAGGUUCAAAUUGAUUUUGUUACAAGCAGUUUUAGUUUUUAAUCCUAUGUUUCAGUUUCCAAUGGAUUUUACAAAGGAAUUCAGUUUACAUAUGUGAAAAUGAUACUUGCUAGUAAAUACAAAUUUCUUGCUAGUGGAAAUUAAAUUUUCAUUAAAUGCCUGAGAUUAAGACAAAUAGGAAAUAAAAGCUAAAAAGGCUUGCCAUAGUAGUUAGAAUUUCAGCAUGUCAGUUUUCAGUUGUGUGGGAAAAAUGACUACAUGUAAAACUAAUGAAGUGUAAAAAGGCUUGAAUUUUUACCAGUGAGAAA